CUCCGUCGUUUAUCCAUCGGCCUCCAGCACGACGUCGUUUCUAUCCAAAUCGCAGCGGCGAAAACACCGGUUAUGGAAAUCUGGUUUCUCCAUAAACAAACAGAGAUCUCUCCGCAUCGAAAUCGCCACCAACAUCUCUCUCUCUCUCUCUCUCUCUCUCUCUCUCUUUCAACACUGUUUCAUCUACUCUCUCCCCCCCCCCCCCCCCCCAACACAAAGAAAACCCUAGACACUUUCGCUCCCAAUCCCGAACCCUAGAAAAUUCCAAGUCAGCCCUAAUUCUCCUUGUUUUUGGUGUGUGGUUUCUCUCUGAGAGUGAGAGUUGGGAGGAGUGAGGGUUUGGAAUCGAUUAGGGAUGGUUGAGUGUGAGAAUGGAAGGAAGUAAAGGACUGGCGGAAAAUGGGAGCUCCAGCGAGGGGCGCCCUCCGAACCCGCUCGCCGCCACUUACCGACAGUAUUUCGGCGCCUCACGUGUCGCGGCGUCGCCUUGCAAGAAUUCCCUGGUUCGGCAUCCGUCUCUGGGUAAGACGGAGACAUUGAGUAUUUCUGUUGAACCAAGAUUGCAUGUGGAGGAUCAUGACAAUGAGUUUAUUCCUACUCUUCGGUCUGGAGCAUGGGCAGAUAUUGGAUUUCGCUCAAGCAUGGAGGACGUAUAUGUUUGUGUGGACAAUUUUGUGCAUGAUUAUGAGGUGAAGAAUUUCAAGGAAGGGCCGAAUGCCUUCUAUGGGGUUUUUGAUGGACAUGGAGGAAAGCAUGCAGCUGACUUUGCAUGCAACCAUUUGCCAAGGUUCAUAGUUGAGGAUGGAGACUUUCCAAUGGAAAUUGAGAGGGCUCUCACCUCAGCAUUUCUACAAACAGACACUGCUUUUGCAGAAGCUUGUUCACUGGAUGCUGCCCUUGCUUCUGGUACCACAGCAUUGGCAGCUCUUGUUGUUGGGAGUUCUUUGAUUGUGGCAAAUGCUGGAGAUUGCCGAGCAGUGCUCUGUCGCCGGGGUAAAGCAAUUGAGAUGUCCAGGGAUCACAAACCAUGUAGCUCAGAAGAGAGGAGGAGAAUUGAAGCUUCUGGAGGGUAUGUCUAUGAUGGUUACCUCAAUGGACAACUAAAUGUUGCUCGUGCUUUAGGAGACUGGCACAUGGAAGGAUUAAAGGGUAGUGCUGGUGGGCCACUUAGCGCCGAGCCUGAACUUAUGAGCACGAGACUUACAGAGGAAGAUGAAUUCCUCGUCAUUGGCUGUGACGGAAUCUGGGACGUGUUUAUGAGCCAAAAUGCAGUGGAUUUUGCACGACGAAGACUUCAGGAGCACAAUGAUCCCGUUAUGUGUAGCAAGGAUCUAGUUGAAGAGGCUUUGAAGAGGAAGAGUGGCGACAAUUUGUCAGCUGUUGUGGUCUGCUUCCAGUCUCAGCCUCCUCCCAAUUUGGUUGCUCCCCGUUCAAGAGUGCACAGGAGCAUUUCUGCCGAGGGGUUGAGAGAGUUACAGAGCUACUUGGACGGCUUGGGUAUUUGACAUGGUGAUAAAAGCUCCUCUCUCUCUGUGUUAGUUUUUUCUUUUUUCUUUUUUCUUUUUUUUCGAAGUACCAUCUUGUACUUUAGAUGAUGGGAGAGAACCAUUGUCAAACUGUAACAUAUGCGGCUGUAGCACAUUUUGAUGUUAUGUUUUCUUGACCUUGAUUUUUAA